AUUUGAGUGUUCAAGUGAAGCAGCAGCAAUACAUACAACAGUACCGGCAGCAAUUCCAGUAGUUCCCGCAGCAACAGUUGCAGCAGUUAAAUCCAGUCCAGCAGCAGCAGUAAAUCAAAAACAAGGUGUUAAGUGAAUUUCUUAUCGAGUCAGGUGUAAGCUAGUGCAAAAAUGUUGCAAUCUGAUAACGCGGCACGUGAGCAAACUGCGGCAAACCCGGUGCCCAAGGCUUGUCAAGGUUGCCGCGGCCAAGUGCCACGUGCCACGCCCGUAGAAGUGGAGGACAUGGCCACCCCGUCGCUGGAAAAGCUCAUCCGCAAGGCCAAUGUGGCCCAGAAAAUGCUGAACGAUGUGAUGAAGCAAAUCCAGAAGCAGCAGCAGGAAUCUCAGGUGUCCGCCAAGGAACCAAAGCCAAAGCACCUAACAUCCGAUGGAGGUAAAAAACCACACAGGGGACGCAAACAUGGUCACCACUCUAGCUCAUCUUCCAGUUCCAGUUCUGGCCACAGUGACUGCGAGCUGAUUCUCGCCGAGAAGGGGGAGAUCAUGCCCAGGAGGAGGCACAUUCGCGAGGAUCGCAGGCGGGAUCGCUCCAGGUCCCGCGGUCGUUCCCGUGGCCACUCGCGUGGUCGUUCUCAUGGGCGUUCUCGUUCCAGGUCCUACACCGAUUCCCGGCGAUCCCGAGCACUGCCCCUGGCUCUGCCCGUUCGCAUUUCAGUGUGAGUAUCUGUCUUCAUUCAGUAUUAUUCAAUAUCCUAUUAUCCAUUAAGUCGGCACAAGAACAAAAACCCAAAAAAAAAAAAAAAAUAAAAGA